AUGCGGAUUUUCUCAGGUGACAACAAGGCAGCUGAUUCUCCUGCCUCUAACCCUGGGUUAAUGAGUCCAUCAAAUUUUGGUGGUGACUUUGGUUCACGUCUGAAAGUAAGCGUGGCAUCGAAAAAGAAAGUUAAUGAAUCGUCACCAACUUCUCCUACGGAAACCUCACCAGUCUCACCUGAGUUGGUGCCUAUUCUAACGCUGCUAAAUGCACAUACACAUAGAAGAUAUCAUGAAGGUGUGUUUUUGAUUUUACAAGAUCUAAACAACAAUGGCACUCAUGCAGCCAGGAAAUGGAAAGACGUAUAUGGGGUAUUGUUGGGUACUCAACUAGCCCUUUGGGACGCCAAGGAACUAGCAGAAUUCACUGAUCCAUCUUGUCCCGUUUCUGAAAAGAAACUGAAAGAGGUUGCUUCCAAACCUACUUAUAUCAAUUUGACAGAUGCAACAUUAAGAACUUUGGAUAGCUCUGACAAUAUUGUAAUGGAGUGUGGCAAAAACCUCACUAAUGCAUUGGUCGUUUCUACUACGCUGAGAAACCGAUAUUUCCUACAGUUCGGUAACAAAGAGUCUUUCAACGAAUGGAAUGCUGCUAUACGGUUAUGUUUGUACGAAUGUUCUUCGUUACAAGAGGCUUACACAGGCGCGUUUAUUUCAAGUAGAGGUGCGAAGCUAGGUGAUAUCAGAAUUCUUCUUACGAAUAGAAAAUAUGAUUACAAGGAUUGGGUAAGUGUCAGGUUCGGCGCAGGUAUGCCGUGGAAGCGUUGCUAUGCAGUAAUCUCGCAAUCUAGCAGUAAGAAAAAGGGCCAUUUUGGUGAAAUAAAUCUUUAUGAAAAUGAUAAGAAAGUGAAAAAAAACCAUGCAAUGGCCACUAUUGUAGAGGCAAAGGCCCUUUAUGCUGUUUAUCCGUCUUCUCCCAAACUAAUAGAUUCCUCCACGAUCAUCAAAGUUGUGGGUUCUGUAAAAUUUGAAAAAAAGGAGUCUGCUCAGGAAAAAGAUGUCUUUAUUAUGCCCGAGAAGCAUCAAGCUGUACCAAGUUAUGACACUAUAAUAAGGUUUUUAAUACCGGCCAUGGAUACGUUUAAACUAUAUGGGAGGCCGGAAAAAUUAUUGUCAAGCAAGAACGAUCCACAUUCAUUGUUGUUUGGUUUGCCAGUUUUGCCGCAUAUAUACUACCUAGAAGUAGAGGAUUUACUUCCAUUGACUAAUUCAGUAUCAAGCGUGCAUUGGUCCAAUAACGAAUGGAGGGAACACAUCAGCGACAUUUUACAAAAGAAAAUAGCACAAGGCUAUUGUGGGUGUAGCUCUACUUCCAAUAUUACUUCUCCACUACCUUCUCCAUUCCUUGGUUCAGCAGACUUAUUUGAAAGGGCUGAUGGUGUGCUAUCACCGAAACUAUCUUACGGGUCUAAAUCUUCUUCUAAUAAUAGUUCGAAGAAUAGUUUACCAAAGAGAGAACGCGUCAAAGUAUCAUCUUCAUCUGAACAUGGCCUUGAAAUCACUGACAAUGCAAUUGUUAAACAAGAAAGUCCUCCACUUGUGACAUCUGGAAGUCCACACAAAGUCCACACACCUACUGAAGCAUCUUUUAGAACAAGAGUGACAGAAGAUUCGCCAUACGGUAAGCAAAGACAUCAUAAGCUCUUUGCAUCAUCUGUGAACGAUUCACCCUCAGACAGAGCCAAGUCAAGGACAGUCCCUUACAAUAAUAAAGAAAUGAACGUGACCACUUCUGGGAAUUUUGAAAGAGGAGAGGCCCCUUACAAUAACAACAUUGAUGAAAGUUUGAAAAAAGUUCGGAGUAUGAAGUUAGAAAUCCCCGAAUCCAAUUUUAACAAAUUCAUGACAGACAAAAAUCUGUUGUCCGUAGAUUCUAAAUCCUCUAAUGAGAAGAAACUCUCUGUGGAAUCAGACUUGUCUGCAAUCUAUGAAAAAUAUUCCAAUGGUCCCUUUGGUCACACUGAGGGUCUUAACGGCUCUUCUGAUGAAACUUACUUGCGUUUUCAACGGGCGUCGGUUCAUUCAGAGAACAACUACAAUCCAAGGAAAUCCUUUACACCAAGCGACUUUUCUAAUGAUAAUGAAGGAGAGCAUGCCGUUUUACAAGAACUUAAUAGUUUAACCCAAAGAAUCAACGAACUUGGUAUGGAAAGUAUAAAUUCAAACUCCGAUUCGGACAGGAUAAACGGGUCAUAUUCGCAAAUGGAAUUGGGUAAUAAUGACAAUGAAGAUGAUAUGAACCUGUUCGAUCCAGAUUUUAUGGCACAAGAUCAAUUGCGCGCUGAAGAAAGAGACUACAACAAAGAUGAUAGAAUCCCCCUGGUUGCGGCCCCUGCGACCUUUCAAUCAACUGGAUUAGGUAUAACUCCUGAUGAUGAUAUCAAAAGACAAUACAUAACGGAACACACACCACGACGUGAGGCACCAAGACAGUCUCCCGACAAAACCUCCAACCCAUUGGAUAUGGGUAACCCAUACGCAAAACCUGGUGCAAGAUUGAAUACUACCCACACCGACAUCAAAACUGAUCGUAACCCCACUCCUCAGAAGGGCCACCCAAUGGUGCCAAGCCAGCAGAUGCCCUCCUACGUGCAACCAGCGAACAUUAAUGGUUCUAAUAAAAUGUAUGGUGCAAACAACCAAGUAACGGGAUCACCCAGGAACCCAAAGGCCAGAGCGCCACCGGGUCCAUACAAUCCGGGAUGGAAUAACCGCCCUUCCCCUUCAAAAAAUUAUCAGCACCCUCAUCCCUCAGAUACACAACCACAAGCAUAUCAUCUUCCCGGAAAUCCAUACUCAACGGGAAACAGGCCAAAUGUGCAAAUGCAAUAUCACCCGCAACAGGUCAACCGCCCGUACCAACCUCAUGCGAUGAAUGCGCACAUGGGCUCUCCUGGUGGUUAUUCUGGAGUAGCGGCAUUCCAGCCAGGUAACAUGAACUACAAUAAUAGGUCUCAGUCGCCAUGGCCAAUGCCUGGCUCACCAUCAGCGCAGUACCGUCCACCACCUAACAUGAACCAGCCGCAAAACGGUAGCGCCGGUUACUAUCGCCCUCCGGCACCACAAUUGCAGAAUUCUCAAGUCCGUCCGCAAAAGAAGGACGGAUUCUCACAGUUCAUGCCAUCUGCAACUACAAAGAAUCCAUAUGCCCAGUAA